AUGGAUACGCAGGCCGCCCCGGGCUCUGUCGCCCACAAGAAGCAGACUCUUCUGCAAAGCCUGACCCGGCAACUGAACAAUCGAGAUGACGCUAUUGCCUCGUUGGAGGCCAUGCUGGAUGGAGUCCUGGAUGCCGAUCUCGAUGCCACACUGGACUCCUAUCUGUCGCAAUUCUGGGACCCACGCGAGGUUUUGAACGAUGCGGACAUCUCCGGGGCUCUGCGUGCCGAGACACUCUUCUUCGGGCCGGGCCACGUUCAAAUCCCCGACAAUGGGAAUAUGGCCGAGGAGGAGGGCUUUGUUUUCCUUCCCGAAACUGAUGACUCAGAUGCCGAAGGAGGCCCCUUUGUCGAAUUGGUAGGCUUUGACCGCGCCGCGCUUGUCCCGGAGCCCGCCGUGGAGCCCGCCGUUGUGCCCGUGGCUGAGCCUGCUGUGGAGCCUGUGGCUGAGCCUGCUGUGGAGCCUGUGGCUGAGCCUGCUGUAGAGCCUGUGGCUGGGCCUGUUGUGGCCGAGCCUGUGACUGAGCCUGUUGUGGCCGAGCCUGUGGCCGAGCCUGUUGAGGAGCCCGCGACUGAGCCCGUGGCUGAACCCGUCUUCCUGAGCCCGUCGUGGAGCCUGUGGUUGAACCUGUGGCUGAGCCUGCCACUGAGCCCGCUGUUGCUCCUGCUCCUGAGCCCGCGCCCGCUCCUGAGCCCGCGCCCGCUCCUGAGCCCGCCUCCUGAGCCCGCGCCCGCUCCUGAGCCCGCUGUUGCUCCUGAGCCCGCGCCCGCUCCUGAGCCCGCUGUUGCUCCUGCUCCUGAACCGGUCGCUGAGCCCAUUCCUGAGCCUGCUCCUGCGGCCGAGCCGGCCCCCGAGCCAGCUCCUGAGCCGGCUCCCAACAAUGUCGAAGAGGAUGCGGUCGUCGUCAUCAAUGCUGCCGGCGAGGAGGAGCCGGAGGAGCCGGAGAAAACCCAGCAGCCCCAGACCCCUGCUGACGGUCGUCUGUCGGACACCAUGGUGGUGGUCGACUCGCCCGAGAGGGCCGACCAGAAGGAGGUCUUCUCCAGUGACCUCAGCCUGCUGGCUCCCCUGCUUGAGGACAUGUACUCGAGCGAACGUCUGGGACAGAUCUCCACCCUCGUGAGCAGCUUCGCCCUGCAUCGUGCUGUGCCCGAGGACACGUGCACCAUGUGCGCCGACAACAUUUCCCAGGACCAAUGGUGGGUCCUGCACCAGUGCAAUAUCCACAUGUCCCACCUCAACUGCUUUGAUGAGGCGCUGGAAUACUUCAGCGGGACCGGCACGGCUUGCAGUGUCUGCAUGCGCCCGUGA